AUGGAACAUAAGGAUUUUCACAGAAGAGAUUCUGCUUCUAUUUUAUCUACAAUAGUUGAGUUAGAUAGGUUUAUUCAAUACAGAAAAAUUGUUAUUACGUUAGCUGAAAGUUGGAGUGGAAUAAUGAAAGGAUAUAUUGAACAAACAGAGAAUGGAUUUUCUGAAUAUUUAGUUUUAAUUCCACCAGGAAUUAUUAGUGGAACUAAAAUAAAUUCAAGUAAUAUAUUAACUGGAUGUAAAGAAGAAAUUGAAAUUGAAGUUUUUGAAGAUGAGACAGAAUGGAGAAAUGGGGAUGACAUUAAAACUUAUGAAUUUGGAAAAAAAAUGAUGUUAUUCAUGUCUCUGGGAAAAGAUAUUUUGUUCCAGAAGUAA